AGAAGGGAUGGACAAUGUCCUGUUCUUUCUGGUGAGCUCUCACUCUGGGCAGCCAGGUGUAACGGUUAUGGCUUCCACAAUCGCUGGGAGAGUGAACGGAACAACGAACUGGGACUGGACCAGAGAUUCAUAGACUACCUGUGCUGCCCAUUGUACUGCCGCUCCUGAGCUCAGGAUGGAUUUUACUCUUUACAUGAAUAAUUGGGCAUGGCUGUGCUCAAUCCGAAGCCCGUGCUGGCGAUGAUUAGGGCGUUCAGGAGGAACUGGCGAGCCCUCGGCAGCCCCGAGAGAACGACUGUCUGCGGAGUGGACUCCAUGCUCCUGGCGCUGCAGCUGGCCAUGGCAGAGAACAAUCGCUUGCACUGUGGAGAAUUCGUGGUCUCCCUCAGUGACGUCCUGAUGACAUGGAAAUACUUGCUGCACGAGAAGCUGGACUUACCUGUUGGGCAUAUGGCAAUGGCUGACCAUUACGAGGAUGUCAAGAAGACUUACGAAGAUUUCUUGAAGAAUAGUAAUAUGCUAGAUCUGAUUGACGUUUAUAAAAAAUGCAGGAUUUUGACUUCUAGUUCUCACAAUAAGGACAUUAUAGCCCCUAUCCAGCUGCGGGAUUUUCUCUUGGACAAGGAGCGUGAAGUAGAGGAUGAAGCUGGUCUUUGUCCACCAUCACCCCUGAAAUACAGCGAGGAUGAUGAAAAGGUGAAGCUACUAGCAAAGAAAAUUUUCUUUUCAUAUUUAAACCUGCUAGUGAAUUCCAAGAAUGACCUGGCCCUGGCUCAUAUCCUCAACAUUCCCGACAGAGGACUUGGAAGGGAGGCCUUCACCGAUUUGAAACAUGCUGCUCGAGAGAAACAGACGUCUAUCUUUUUGGCGGCCACGUCGUUUAUCAGGAGGAUUGAGCUCGGGGGGAAAGGCUAUGCACCCUCGCCCUCUGACCCUCUAAGGACACACAUAAAGGGAUUAUCUGACUUCGUUACUUUCCUGGACAAACUACAUGAGAUUCUCGGAGAAAUACCUGACCCAAGCGUUGCAGGGGGUCGGAUACUGUCGGUAAUAAAGAUGCGGCUGAUUAAAGGCCAGAGCAGCAAGGCUUCCUUCUGCCAAGCCGUAGAGGAAAUUGCUCAGGAUUUGGAUUUGCGGAUUAAAAAUAUUGUCACUUCUGAGCAAGAGGACGGAGUUCUUGGCCCCACUGACACGAGUCCAGCACGGCCAAAAUCUCAUGCCAUAAACCACGGCACUGCCUACUGUGGCAGAGACACUGUGAAGACCUUGCUGGUUCUUCUGGAUGAAGAGGCAGCCAGUGCGCCGACCAAGAACAAGGCAGAACUUUUAUACAGCGACGGGAACACGAUCCAUCGCGACGGAGCGUCUCUCCUCACGCUUUUUAGAUCUCCAACGCCAGUGGAGAACUCAUCGAUGAAACCCCUGAGGGAACGCAUCAGUAAGUCUGUGCAAGAGAAGAAAGUCAAGAUGAAGCAAGCCUUAAUUAGAUCCCAGUUUUCCUGUACUUACAAAGAUGACUACAUGGGGAGCAAAGAUAAACAGAAGCACAUAAACUGGGCACCGAAGCUUCUGCAUGCUCUUCACGUGGAAAAGGACCUUUCUGAGGGUGUCGAUCCGUCUGCUGGAAGAUUGACAGUUGGAACCCAUUCUGGAAAUAUCCAUCUGGACAGAAGUAAAAAUGACCGAAUAGCAAAGAAAUCAGACAAUCAGACAGGAAAUAAAAGCUCAAAGAGGAAACAGCUGGACGCGGAUGGUCCAGAUAGCCUCUGGGCUCCCGGAAGUGAACCACCUCAGUGUAAAACUGCUAAGCUCCCUGAAGGGCCAAAUGAUUUACAGAGGAAGGCGGGCGGCAGAGUGGCCGGGGUGGCCAGGGGCAGGCCGUGUGCCAGAGCCGCGCUGGUUCCCGGCCAGACCAAGCUGACUCGGUUUUUUAUGCUGUGAUUUUGUCCUCCAUGUGCUCUGGAUCGACCCACCAAUGAAGCCAUUCACCAAAACCAUGUGCUUGUAAAAGAUCAGGGUGCAAACAGCUAUAGGAUCAUCUAUUGUUUAAAAACACACUGAGUCAUAUUAUGCAGAAUUGUCACAAAGUUUAAUGCACAUGAAAAGAAGCGUAUCAUUUGGAUUGAGGGUCCAUCCAUCUUACACAGCCUUGUUUUAAAAGAGAUGUUUAAGAUAAUACAGAAAUUACAGUAACACGAAGGGCUUUUCUCCCCCUGGGCAGUGGAGUGCCUUGAUUUUCUUCCGGGAAGACGGCGUGGUCCAGCAGGUCUCAGACUUGCCAGCAAGGUCGGUAGACUCUGCCCAGCAUGCACCUGAGCACUGGAGGAGACAGGUCAGUUAUUAAAAGGGUCAUAAGCACCGCAGAAAACAAAGGGAAAAACGGCUCUGUUAAGACUCUGAGUAACCGCAGUCACCAUAACUAGAUGCUUUUCUAGCCCAGAUUUCUGACAGGGGCUGCUUAAGAUCAACCAGCCUUGAACCAUGGUCGUAUUUAUUGUGUCAUGAUCAGACCCAAACUCACUGAAGCUCGGAGUUCUUGCAUGGUAUUGAGAUAUAAGAGUCGAGUUUUUAAAAGAUUACUCACUGUCAAAAUCUCUCCUUCCUAUGGGAAAUUUAGCUGAGUUCUCUUCAUCCCCAAUUUCUCUCUUUUCUUGUGUUGAUUCAACAUUCUGCACUCCAUUCUCAGCCGGAAAAGCUACAGAGCCUUUCAAUGCAAGGUAAGGCUUUAGGGCCAGAUUCAGUGGCAGACCAUGGUUCAGGAAACUAGGUUUGGAGCCUGCGUUCUGUAAAGAGAAAGUCGAUCCGUGUUUCAGCUGUUGUCUGUGGAAUGGCGCUAUGAUAGUUGCAGUUGUGUGACAUCCUUAUGGAUCAGUUUAGAUGGGCUCUGCACUGCUUCUGACUCUUUAGAAAUACCUUCGAGAGAAGUUUACUGCAAAUAGAACACCUUUGGAGAAGAACUAUUCUUCAGGGUGGAGAACCACAAAGUGCACAUGAAAUUUCAUGAGUCUCCCUAAUGCAUUUGAUGACUAUAUGUACAUUUUCCUGUUUAUAAAACAAACACAAGUACAAAUUCUACCUUUCAGAGGAUUUGCGUAAGCCAUUUCCCCUCCAAUAAAACAGUCACACUGCCCUUACCUUUG